UAGAUAGAUAGAUAGUAGAUAGAUAGAUAGAUUGAUUGAUAGAUAGAGGAAGGACAAAUGAAGGAAACCUCAGAGAGUGAGAAGACUUGAGUUCGGUGAAGGAGCUGAGACGAUGCCAGAGGAACCUGAACUGAUCCAGCUCUGCCAGGAAUAACCCUCAGAGGUUGAUCAUGAGAUUGAGCCAAGGCUCCAACGUCAAUCCGGACAUUAGUUUGGUGGCGGCGGCGAGCAACCAUCCCAACACCUCUGGCACCUUGCCCACCUCGUCCCUCCCCCCGUCUUCUUGCAGCUUCGAUGAAUCCUACAAGUAUGUCUUCCUGCCCGUCUGCUACUCGCUGACCUUCCUCUUCAGCCUCACCCUCAACUCAGUAGUGCUGCUGCGCUCCUGCCGUCACCACGGCGGCUGCUGCGGCGGCGGGGGCAGCAGCGGUGGUGGUGGGCGGCGCUGGAACACCUCGCUGAUCUACAUGGUGAACCUGGCCACCACCGACCUGAUGUACGGCCUGUCGCUGCCCUUUCUGGUGGCGAGCUACGUGCUGAGGGACAGCUGGGUGUUCGGGGACUUCAUGUGCCGCCUCGUGCGCUUCCUCUUCUACUUCAACCUCUACUGCUCCAUCUUCUUCCUCACCUGCAUCUCCGUGCACAGGUACCUGGGGAUCUGCCACCCGAUGAGGACCAUCACUCUGGAGAGCAAGCGGGUGGUGAAGGGGACCUGUGCGUUGGUGUGGGUGGUGGUUUUCAUUCUCACCUGCCCCAUCUUCAGGUUCGCCCAGACUGGAUACGUCCGGCGAGGAGGUGGCGGGGUUGCUGGGCCUGGAGGGGCGAGGGACAGUGGGAACAGGACUGGGGAACAGGAUGGCGAGGGGUACAUGAACUGCUGGGACGACGCCAUCGAUAAGGAGUUUGCCGACUACGUCCCGUACGGCAUCGUCCUCCACCUGUUGGGCUUCUUUGUGCCCUUCGUCAUCAUUGCCUGGUGCUACUCUCAAGUGGUCAGGACAAUCUUUCAGACCCUCCGCUCCCCUCCCAGCUCGAUAGAGGGCGGCGAGGACGGUCAGGUGGGGGACGGAGCAUCAGAGGGAGUUAGAGAGCGGGAAAGAACCUCAGUCUCCAUCUCUGGCUCGCAGUACUCCCACUAUAUCCGGCGGCGGCGGAAAUCCAUCAAAACCAUCGUAACCAUCACGCUCCUGUUUGCACUCUGCUUCCUGCCUUUCCACGUGACCCGGACGCUCUUCCUGCUCCUGCGGCGGGGGCAGCUCGGUGGCUGUUACGCCAUGAAGACCGUCUCCAUCUGCUAUAAGGUCACCCGGCCGCUGGCCUCCUGCAAUGCCUGGCUCAACGCCCUCCUCUACUUCCUGACAGGGGAUAAGGGCGCCCCCUGCUGCUGGCCGGUAGAACACAGCGUCCGCCGAGAACGCCGGAACGGCUCCCUCUGGUGGCCACUGAAGAUCCUCAAAAAGGACGGGGUGGGAGAGGACGACCAGGAGGCGGCAGAGAAGGUUGAAAGGCAGGUUCACAUGGAGAAUGAGUCCAAGUCUUCCAGGGUCAUCUUCUAGGAAAUUCUUUUUAAGUAAAAUACAAACAUGAUGACGCAUCAGGAGCAACAUUUUUUUUGUAGAGUGUUUGGAGGUUUAUACUUGAGUUUCCAUCCAAAUUCAAAACAUGUUUAAACAAAUUUCAGUUAGCAAAAGAAAAUACAAAUGAACGCACGUUUCCAUCCACCACUGUGAAAAGAGUUAUUAUGAGCCGGGCACAUUCAGAUAAACGGUUGGUGAAAGUAAAUCUCCAGGAAAUCAUUGCUAAAGAAGAUGAUGCAACAUUAAAAAAGUCGGAGCGCAAACAAUGGAAAACCAUGAUUUUGAUGUUUUCGUCUGUUCGGUGGAAACAUCAUUGAAGUUCUGUUUCCAUUGUAAUGUCACAUUUUGCUUUUGCUUAUGUACCAACUUUUUUCCGCUUCCUCAAGGUGCAAAAACCUUUUUCUUUUUUGAAUUUCUGACAUUUCUAGAAACUUUAAAAUACACAUAAGAACUGGUGGAUGGAAACACAUAUGUGCAAGAAUGUCUCAAAGUAAAAUUAUUUCAAAUUGGCUAAAUUUUGGUUUCCAUCAGGAACUGUUUGAUCAAAGAAUAAAUAAACAACAGUUUAAUUCUCAGUCGGGACCAAAACAUAAGUAUUGAACAGCCAGCACCAACUCAAACUACAGCGUCCUCAUCGCUCCCUCAGUGAAUGUGUGGAGCCUCAUACAGGGGACAGUGUUUAUUUAAAUCGACUGCCCUCAUAUUACCCUCAACAGAUUCAUUUCCUGCAGUUCGCAGCAUCUUCACCUUCAUCUGCCCCCAAACUCUCAGAGCUCAGAUCUAAUGUGAUUUUGAUUUGAUUCCAGACGUGGAUUCUUUUGUGGUCGUGGCUGCUAAAGACACAGCGUGUCCCACAUCCAUACUAGUUUAAAUAAUAAUAAUAAUGAGAAUAUAAUAAUAAGAAACACUGCAGGAGGAAAACACUGAGCCUCAUGUCAGAACAGAUUUAUGACAGGUCCGAACAUUUAUACAAACGAACCUGAGGAAAGAGUGAGAGCUUCAGGAUGAGAAUAAAAAUGUUCUUGACACGAGAAAGGCUAAACUCCAAAAGAUUUUUUUAUCCCGUAAUCUCGAGAAAACAGGAUAAAACAAUGUUUGUGAGUGUGAACUAACCUUAACCCUCAGCUUCCACAUAGUGAGCUUCAUAAACAAUUAAUCUUUACGUCGUAUUUACUUCCUCAUUCCUGUAUGUAGGAGGAGUCUGGGACACAGUGAAGAGAAACCAAUGAUUAUUUUUAUUACCAGUUACUCUGCUGAUUAUUUUUCAUUAUGAUCUGAAUCUUUUAUAGAAAAUAAAGUCAAAAUUCUCAGAGUCCAAAGUGACGUCUUCAAAUGUCUCAAUGUUCUGUCCAAAAAGAUCCAGUUUACAAUGAUAUGAAACGACUUUUAUAACAUUUAACUACUUUAACUAAUGAAUCCACUGAUCCUUUAAGCUCUUCUGUUAUCGCACCAGAAGACAGAAGGGACCUUUUCCCCCCAAACGUCGACCUGACAGGAAGUAAAAAUGCUCGUGAACACGCACCUUCUCCUGCUCUGCAGAAACUAGAGAAGUGACCUUUGACCCUGUGACAUAAAAUCUGACUGUGUUCUGUUGAAGGUCAGCAGGUUGCUGACUUUGUUGUUCUUGUGUCACGUUAGUGACGACGGGACUGAAUCAUCCUGGAACGUGUCAUUAAUAUGUGGUUGUGACCUGCGCUGGUGUGUGAAUGUAUUUUAUAAAGAGCAACACUGUGCAUGACGGACGCUGCUGCUUCAUGUUACCUUGUUGUUGUUGUUGUUGUUUUCGGGCUCAGGUCAGUCUCUGAUAUCAGACCUCAUUUUUUCCACUGGUGUAUUUUGACGUUUUGUUUUUUGUGGCGCAGUAAUCUGGAUUAAAGUGUGUUGUUGACAUCA